GCACUGGCCGCUCAGCAAGGGCCACGACCAGGAUGGCGUGUGCUCCAGGAGCCCUCGGUCACCGCGCACUCUGGGCCGUGGCCUGGGGACUCCUGCUGCUGGUCCCCGUGCUCGCAGGGGCGCAGCGUGGCAGGAAGAAAGUCGUGCACGUGCUGGAGGGCGAGUCCGGUUCCGUGGUGGUGCAGACGGCGCCGGGGCAGGUGGUGAGCCACCGCGGUGGUACCAUUGUCUUACCCUGCCGUUACCACUACGAGGCGGCCGCCCACGGUCACGACGGCGUCCGCCUCAAGUGGACGAAAGUGGUAGACCCUUUGGCUUUCGCCGAUGUCUUCGUGGCUCUGGGUCCCCAGCAUCGAGCCUUCGGUCCCUACCGAGGGCGGGCCGAACUGCAGAAUGACGGACCUGGGGAUGCCUCCCUGGUCCUCCGAAAUGUCACCCUUCAGGACUACGGGCGCUACGAGUGCGAGGUCACCAAUGAGCUGGAGGAUGACGUCGGCAUGGUCAAGCUGGAUCUGGAAGGGGUGGUCUUCCCCUAUCACCCGCGCGGAGGUCGCUACAAGAUGACUUUCGUGGAAGCGCAGCGUGCUUGUGCCGAACAGGAUGGCAUUUUGGCGUCCGCGGAGCAGCUGCACGCGGCCUGGCGCGAUGGCCUGGACUGGUGCAACGCGGGAUGGUUACGCGAUGGCUCGGUGCAGUACCCAGUGAGCCAUGCCCGGGAGCCCUGUGGCGGGACUGGGAGCACUGGAGCUGGUGGCGGCACCAACGGGGGCGUGCGCAACUAUGGAUAUCGUCAUAACGCUGAGGAACGCUACGAUGCCUUCUGCUUCACGUCCAACCUCCCGGGCCGCGUGUUUUUCCUGAAACCGCUGCGACCUGUGGCCUUGGCCGGGGCAGUGCGCGCGUGCGCUGCGCGGGGUGCCACAGUGGCCAAGGUCGGGCAGCUGUUCGCUGCGUGGAAGCUGCAGCUGUUGGACCGCUGCACUGCAGGCUGGCUGGCGGAUGGCAGCGCGCGCUAUCCCAUCGUGAAUCCGCGAACUCGCUGUGGAGGUCCUCGGCCCGGCGUGCGCAGCCUGGGUUUCCCUGACGCCUCCCGACGUCUCUUCGGUGUCUACUGCUACCGCGCUCCAGGUGCCCCAGAUCCGGCUCCAGGCGGCUGGGGCUGGGGCUGGGCCGGCGGAGGAGGUUGGGCUGGAGGGUCGAGGGAUCCGGCUGCCUGGACCCCGCUGCGUGUAUAGAUCUGGAAGGAUGCGUGUUUGGGGGUGUUAGUGGCUGAUCCAGUGGCCUCAUGCACCCCCUGGAUACCGAUCACGUCUCAGAGUCUCAGAGAUUCCUUGGACAUAUGACACACCCCUGCGGUGCACUGCAGACUGAUCUAGCUACCUGUGGUCUUUGGACAUUGACCAUACCUAAGGUCUCCUGGAUAAGCGACCUACCCCUGCGGUGAGCUGCAGGCUGACCCACUUGUUGUGGUUCUUGGUCGCUGACUAUGUUGCCCUCUGAGGAUCCCCUUUGGAUAGUGGAUAUUUCAUCUUUUAGACUUUGCCCAGAAGAGUCAUACUCUCCCUAAUCCCCGGGACCCCAGUAGACCAGCAGGACUCUACGGUUUCCAAAAGAUGAACCUUCUAUGGCCUUCUGAAAAACAGGUGGACACCCCCCUCAGUCACCUGGAGGCUGGACCCCCAGGAUUAACUGGAGACCUGCCCCCAAACCUUCUGUAUUUCCCGGGAGCUGGAAAACUGGUCUUGGAUCGUCAGCUGUACACUGACUCCAUCACCUGGUGAAGAAACAGAAAACCACAGGUCACAAGAUGAUCGUGCCCUGUACGAGCAAGUGACCCAGAUUCCCACUCUUUCAGAGAGUCUCUUUACGUUUUCAAGGUAGCAUACUUUGUCCCUGGGUCAAUAUGGAGGACAGACCCAACACCUCUGGUGUCACAGGAGAGUCUCCUCAGCUGGCUCCUGGAACAGCGGCCAUGCCUAUCCCUCAGGUUUUCCUCUGACCAGAGAGUAGACUCGCUUGAAUGUCCCGUCCCCGGGCUCCUUGGGGGAUGUCACCAAAGAGAUUCCCUCAGACAAGAAACCCCUAAAAAUCUGACUUGCAGAGACAAGCUGCUCGGCUUCUUAAGGUCACAUAGGCCACCAAUGCAGCCUUACCAGGCUCACCCGCUACACCCACAGAAAUGGCACAUUCUGCCUUCCUCUGUAACCAUGGUUACCACACUUUUCCUUUCUUACUGGCCUAAAGCCUAACACCUACCACUUCAUUUUUGUCUGUCCCUGCCCUGGUGGACUGCUGUGGAGACAAUCUUCCCCACUGAGUAUCCUCAGGGUAACCCAACAUUCAGUUCUCCAGGCCUCUCCAUGGAAACAGCUGCCCCUUUCCCAAAGAGCAUCUUCUGUUUCUCUCAGUUGCCCAAGCCCCGCUCCUAGACAGUUUGAAACACCCAGACUGUUGCCAUGGAGUCCAAACCUCUGGUGUCCAAGGUAACAGAAUACCUGUCCCUUCAAGGCUUUCCCCUCCAGGGUCCCAUCCUGUCCAACUGUUGCCAUAGAGAACGUCGGUGUCUCCAUGACAACUGACCUGCAGCACUCAGGAACUUCUUGCUAUGGGUCCCUCUGACUGGAGCUGCCUGCUGUGUUCCUCAGGCGCCUGACAAAUGUCCCUUCUUCAGAUGGGCCUAUGCAGGACUCUGCUUCUGGAACAGCUAUCUGCACCAUCCAUUUGCAUGCUAACUUUACUCCACCCAGCAGCUGAGCAGGAGCCACCACUGCAACCCCCUCCAGCAUUUUAAAUGUUCACCCUGCAGACUAGGAAACUGAGGCUGUGGUACCGCACAAAGGCCGACCUUUCCUUCUUGGAAAUCAAGGAGGGCAGAUUCUCCCUGAAACCAUCAAUUUCAACCCAUUUCUGAGGACCCAUGUGUGCUCAAGGGUCAAGACCAGCCCAAAUGCAGGAGCCUCCAGGUCUCAGAUGCUGCUGGAACCAGCAAGUACCCUUGCCCACACACUUUCCUGCCUGCCCCAUCUAUCUCGGCUAAUUCCACCCCUGAGUCUGGAAGCUAAGGGGCUGUGGGCUCCAGUCACACCUUUUGUUCUAAAGUGUGCAGCCAAACACUUAUCCAGACUCUUCUCUGGGCUAGGAUUGUUCUGAGGUCCCCAGCAGCAGCCUGCAGCCCAAGUUCAAUAAACCUUUGUUUUUUCUGGUGAAUGUGAAACAAGGCUGCCAGUCCCUGUCAGUGCAGUGGGCUUCUCGGUUCAAAAGUGGCUCCUCUCCCUUUUUUCACUGCUCCAGGAUCCUGUGGGAUCCUCUCUGACCUCCUCAUGUGCCCUGGGGCAUGUGUGCAUACACAUGAAUCAUAGUAACAUGUCAUCUAAAAAACGUUAAGUAGGAGCUGGCUGUAGAAAUGAGGUAGCCAAUCUGUAUUUUUAUUUAUUUGCUUAUUUAUUUUGUUUUUUUUGAGACAGGGUCUCACUGUUUAGCCUUGGCUGUCAUGGAACUUGCUACAUAGACCAGGCUUGGCCUUGAGCUCAGUGAUCUGCCUGCCCCAAGUGCUGAGAUUAAAGGUGUAAGCCACCA